CGUCCUGGAUCUCUGUUGUGUUUUUUUUUUUUUUUGUGCCUCUUUCUCUUCAGUUCUCUCAUUUUUUAAAUCAUUCUUUUACUCUUGUAUCAGCCGGGUGUUGGUGCAACAGUUCUGCUUGUAACCACAAUAGUCUGAUUAUGUUUAUUGAUUUUAAUAUCAAAAUAAUAAAAACCAUUAGCACCCCUCCGUGACUCCGUGAGUCUUUCGUGUACUGACGCGCCCUCGGCUGGGUCACACAACUGUCCUGCCCUGGUCGGGUUCCUGAAGAGCCUCCAAACAACUGAGAAAUGAGGGAUCACAGGGGAGAGAUGUGGACGUCAACACAGUCAUGAAUUCUAGAUGUGAUCAUUCAGAAAUCAAAGCUGCUCAUUGAGCUAUUAGCUUUAUUUAGGAUCCAACUGAGGCACUACGUUUCUUCGAGUUUAGUUCAGGUUCCAGUGAAUGAAAAUGAAUCAAACUUCACAAAUACAAUCUUUAUAUACUAUAAAAACAUGCAGAAAUAUGGUAUAAGCAUGGCCACAAAUGGUUUGUUUGACAUCGUGUCCUUACUAAAGUUAAAGUUAAGUUGGUUAAUCUUAAACCUUUUCCUGCCUCACGCCUUUGCUGCUGAUUCGCACUCCGCGGAACCCGCUCAAACUUGGACUCGCUGAGUUGCCGUACCAAAACAAACAUGGCGUCUUCCGGGGACGUUCAUGUCAAAAUUUGUGCUCAAGAAAUCAUCAAGUAUGAUUUGGAAAUUAAAGCCCUCAUUCAGGACAUCAGGGAUUGUCCGGGGCCUCAGCUGGCGCUCACGGAGCUCAACUCUCAGGUCAAGGAGAAGUUCAACAAGCUGAGACUCAGAAUACAGGAUCUGGAGCAGAUCGCUAAAGAGCAGGACAAAGAGUCCGACAGACUGAUGAUUCAAGCCGACACUGAGAGCCAGCGGAGGCAAAUGCUCAGCAACCAGACGGCGUGGCGCAAGGCGAACCUGGCUUGUAAGCUGGCCAUCGAUAACAUGGAGAAGGACGAGCUGCUGCGUGGCCCAGAGACCCAGAGCACCAGGCAGAGGAAAGCAACUAAAGAAAGUCUGGUGGAGACCAGCAGCAACAUCACAGAGAGCCUGAUGUCCAUCAGCAGGAUGAUGGCGGAGCAGGUGAAGCAGAGCGAGGACAGCAUCAGCACGCUCGCCACCUCCUCCAGGACGGUGCAGGAGACCAACGAAGAAUUCAAAAACAUGACGGGAACCAUCCACCAGGGACGGAAGCUGAUCCUCAAGUACAAUCGGCGGGAACUGACGGACAAGCUGCUCAUCUUCCUGGCGCUGGCGCUCUUCCUCGCCACCGUUCUGUACAUCCUGAAGAAGCGACUCUUCCCCUUCAUAUGAGCUUCUGACAGACGUCUGGCUGCUCUCGCACCAGGUUUGACAUGUUGCCACACGGACAGCGAAGUGGCGCAGCUGGUUCCUCAGCAGCUGUAGCCUGUGCAGUUCUUCAGACUAGGACAUGAAAAUACACUCAUAACUGUCAAACCGAAACUGAUUCUUCAUUUCUAACAGCGCGCACUGCCGUCUUUUUUCAGUGUAAGUAAUGCACGCCAGUGGCCAGCAGGCGGCACUACACUACACUGUACUUGACUCCUGUUUUCCAUUUUUGUCAACGAUGCAACUACUAUUUUUUGUGACGUCAGCAGUAAGUAGCAGUGAAGCAUAUCAUACAUGAAGUAUUUCAUGAUGUAUUUUGACGUCAUUCCUGACUGCUGCCAUGGUAACCAACCGAACCAGUCGAAGUAGACAACCACUAAAUAACUGCUCCUGUUUCUGUUUUCCGGUGACACCUUCAGACUGUUCAGUCCAGGUCGGUAUCGUUUAUUAAAGUU